UAUGGGUAUAGAACUCAAACCAAAAAUGAUCACUGUUUCCUUUUAUCUCUUUCUUUCUCCACUAUUUUAGAACAAGAAACCGACAUCAGUAAAGAUUUGCACAGGGUGGUGCUACUCAGUUCCAAUUUUGCCACCAGCAUAUUAAUUUUCAGUGUGAACGUAUCUAGGUGUGUCAACUUGCACGCCAAAAAAAUAUCAAAAAGAGACGCAAACCUUUUACAUAUAUUUAUCUGUUGAGAUAUUUUUCCUUAGUAAUUUUUGUAGAAUCAAAAUCAAAAACAGUUUCUGAUCCAAAAACAAAAGUUGAAAUUUUUUUUGUAACAUAGAGGGUGGUGCUUGUGUAAAAUUUCUCAGAACUCAGAAUUGAAAAGAAAUUCGAGGUUGAAAGAUUUUGUUGCAUAUCAAAAGCAUAGUUAAGGUUACAUGUGAUUGAUAUAUUAAAAGAAAGAAAAAAAAAGUGGCGCAGCAAAGGGAUUCAGGAAAGUUCGUGAGGUUGAAGGAGGAGGAACAUGGUGGUGAUGAGAAAGAGGAAGAAGCUUCAGGAUCACAUGGAUUGAACCAACAGCAGUAUGGGGAGGUGGCAAUGUCUUGUCCUAUGGUUUCAGCGCCGACUCAGCAUGGAUUGGGCCAGGCCCAAAAUGAGUGGGUCCAAGUCCAACAAGGAAGUGGCUAUUUUCCAAUGAUGUCAGGUUUUGUCCCUGUCUCUUCUAGUUCUAAUUCUCCUCGUAUGUAUUCUUCUAGUGCUGCUCUUUUGGGGUCUAGUUCAUGGGUUGGACAUAAAAGAGUGCGUGAAGAUGGUCUUCUUAAGAGUGAUGAUUCUGUUGGUGGUUCUUCUCAACAAGAUAUGAGAAAUAUUGCUGAUUUUAGAUUACCUUCUUCACAGGGAAACUCAUCAUCAGUAGCAGAAGCAACAACUUCAAGUACAAGCAAUACAACACAAUCAAGUGAAGCAGCAUCGACAACAAACGAAGAAGAAACCGGGGAGAGAAGAAGAAGAUACAGAGGAGUAAGACAGAGACCAUGGGGAAAAUGGGCAGCAGAAAUUCGAGAUCCACACAAAGCAGCAAGAGUAUGGCUUGGAACAUUUGAAACUGCAGAAGCUGCAGCAAGAGCUUACGAUGAAGCUGCAUUAAGAUUCAGAGGAAACAGAGCGAAACUCAACUUCCCUGAAAAUGUUCCAGCAAGUGCAACAAGACCAACUUUUCCGGUGAAUACUUCAACAUCUUCUGUUUCUCCGGCAACCCAUUAUUCCCCUGCACCACCGCAAAUACAGCCACAACAACAACAAUUUCCUCAGUUUCAAACCUCUUCUGAUAUGUUGAGAGACUAUUAUCAAUAUUCUCAGCUUCUGAAAGGUUCUGGUGAUUUUCAAGGACUUGAACAAUGGUUCUAUGAAUCACAAAUGGCGGCAAUACAUUCAUCUUCUUCCAUGUUAUCGCCUUCUCCGUCACUUUCUUUGUCAUCUUCUUCAUCUCCAACUGCAUUUUCACCUUCCAGUCAAUUAUCCUCUGUUUCACUUCCUCUGUUUCCUGGUCAGCAAAUGGAGUUUUUCCGGCCACCGGAAGAUAACUCUCGCGGCGGAGGAUAUACUGGUGGGUCCCAUUUUCCACCUUCAACAUGGUCAGAUACUGGUGGUUAUCAUCCUCCUCCUCCACCACCUUCUUCUAGUUGAUAAUGGAAUAUAAUAUACAUAACUUCUUUAAUUUUCUUGUUUUAUUUUUUAAAUACUAUUUUUUAUUUCUUAUGACAUACUUGCAAACAACAACAAAAAAAACUUUAUUUAUUUAUUUUUAUUUUCUUCUUGA